AUUCCUAUCUAUAACGCCAGAUAUAUUUGCAUUUCCCAGCAGAAAUUAAUGGCACACCAGUCAGCUGCUAUGAAGCUACCCGUCAUUGAUCUUUUUGAUGAGAAUUCCAAGCCUGGUACUCAGGCUUGGAUCUCCAAAUGCAAAGACGUUCGAGUGGCGUUCGAGCAAUACGGGUGCUUCUUAGCAACAUUUGACAGAGUUUCUUUACGACAUCAGGAUGAUGUCUUCCUCUCUUUGCAACAAUUGUUCCAUCUUCCUACACAAAUUAAGGUUCAAAACACUUCCGAUAAACCUUAUUUUGGUUACUUUCAACACCCUUCCAUGCCUCUCUCUGAAAGCAUGGGCAUUGAUAACCCCACCAUUCUCCGAGCAACUCAAAGUUUCACCAAUCUCAUGUGGCCUAAUGGGAACAACACUUUCUGUGGGAGAAUACAUGCGUACGCGAAGCUGGUGUCGGAACUGGAUCGCAUGGUGAAAAAAAUGGUGUUUGAAAGCUAUGGUGUAGGGAAGUACUACGAUUCCCACGUCAAAUCUACUGAAUAUCUUCUUCGACUCAUCAAAUAUAGGGUGCCCCAUGAGGAUGAACGUGACUUAAAUGGAAGUCCCGAUCACACUGACAAGAGCUUCAUCACCAUACUUCAUGAUAAUGAUGUUGCAGGUCUACAGAUAAAAACAAAGGAUGGUGAUUGGAUUGGCGUUGAGCCCUCUGGUUCUAUGUUCCUUGUCAUGGCAGGCGAUGCAUUCUUGGCAUGGAGCAAUGGAAGAAUACACUCUCCAAUCCAUCGUGUGAAAGUGGAAGCUGAAAAGGAAAGAUAUAGCCUUGCAUUCUUCUCUUUUAGUGGGGAGAUUAUAGAAACGCCCAAGGAGCUUGUGGAUGAGGCUCAUCCAUUGCUGUUUAAGCCCUUUCAUAAUAUGGACAUGCUUCGCCUAUAUUCCCUAGAAAAUGUUCAGAAAUAUGUCGACUUUAUUUCCCAAGCCAAAUGCGGAGCAUGACCUGACCAGCUUUAUGUGAUACACAUCCACAGAUCUUUUCUUCGAGGAAUUAAAAGGGCCUGACGACAUCUAAUAAAGGGGGUCCUAUAUUGUUUUAUUUUUUUAAAUGUCUAAACUUGUUAAUAAGUCAAUUAUCUUCUUUUGAGCA